AUGAGUUUAUCAUCUUCAUCAGCAUCAUUGUUAUCAUGUUCUACUGGGAUGCGUUCUUCUAAUCCAGAUUUUGUUGAUUUGUCAAAUUCAGAUCCGAAACGUUUACGUUUAUGCUUUACAGACAUAAAUAGUACUAUUUUCGCGACUGCUGCUAAUUCCACCACCACCACCACUACUACUAUUACUCCUACUACUGCACAUGUUGACAUCAGUGUAUGUAAUGAAACAAGGGAGCUGAAUAAUUAUCAACAAUUUCCGUCUUAUCUGUUAAAUGAUUCUUAUGAUCAAUGUUCACACUAUCAAGUUAAUAAUAACAAUAAUAAUAGUCGAAUCCAAUCACAUGUUAAAAUCUCUUCUCCAUUAAUAUCGAUUCCAUCAUUAACAAAAGGUGUAUCUUCAACAUCAUCUACAAGUGUUUGGUAUCCAUCAUGCCUUGGAAUUGUAAAUUCUUCUGAACCAUCUUUUGUCCCAACAUCAUCGGAACUACAUGACUCGUCCGUAAUGAAUGAAUGUUCUAGUUAUCUUCAAAUUAUGGACGCAAAUUAUCAUCCGUUAUUAAAAGAUACUCCCCGAUCGACGUCAGUUUAUUUAAAUUCUAAUCUUCCUACUUCGUCCUCAUCGGUUAUGCAUCCUUCAAAUCUUGUACUACAAAAUGUCCAUAAUAGUCCUAGUCAUGGUGAUAGUUCUUGCAAUAGCAACACAUCUAUUGUUUCUACUCCUGGUUCUGCAACUGUAAAUACUACUUCUCCUGUCAUUAACAACAACAGUGAUAGUGCUUCACAAUUGUCGUUACAUACCGAUAAUCCUAGUCAAUCUAUUCCACCGUUUUGUCAUAAUUCUCAACAAAAUUCUAAAUUACAUUUAGUUUAUAAUCAACCACAUUCUAGUUUUUGUAGUCCAGUUGUUUGUAGUUUAUCUGAAUCAUCUAGCUUGAAUUUAUGUGGAAAUAUGCUCAAUACUACUACUAAAUCUACAAGUAACCCUAGUAAUUCAUGUUUACCUUUUAAUUUCGAUAAAAACAAUUCAUCUUUUCUCAAUGAUAAUGGUAUUAAUAAUCAUUUGUAUUCACUAACCUCUUCUAUCCAUGAUAGCCAGUAUCAUCAAAACAUACGACAACAAAUAAAAGCUCCACUUAUUGUGCCUCCUUCACUUCUUCCUUCUCUCCCUUCUCUUCCUAACCAUCCUUAUCCCCAAUUGACCAAUGAGCAUUUGAUGAAUGCUACCACAUCACAUACACAAAUGAUGAUGAAUUCCACCUCAAUCAAUCAAUCAAAUUCCACAGAUUUUAUCGAGACUGAAUCAAUAAAAACAGAGCGUGGUGAAUCAGAAGGUAGAGGAUCAAGUGAAUCUGAAGUAUCUGGUGAUUAUGGUGGUGUCAGAACUGGUGAUAAUUUAAGAAGUGCUAACAAUCACAACAGUAAUAAUAAUACCUAUUCUACUGCUAGCAAUACGAACAAUGGAAGCUUUAGAUUGAUCAAUAAUGAAUUAUUAACAAAUAAAAAAUAUGAUUGUAACAUUGAUGAGAUUCCAGAUGAUGAUUAUCUGACAGGUGAUGAUACUGAUGGGGACGAUUGUACAGAUAGUACUCUUGAUGAUGAAGAAGAUACUGAUUACGAUGAGGUGGACGAGUAUGAUGAUGAUGAUGAUGAUACGGAAAAUGAUAUUGAUGAUCCUGAUAGGGAUUUUGAUGAUGAAGAAGAUAGAGAAGAUGAUGAACUCAGUGAUGGUGGUUGUGGUGUUACUAGUAUAGGAGGAGCAUGUGGAAGAGAUAUCCUUGAGAUGUCUGAAGGUACUGGUCAUUCUAGUUUUACUUGUUCCACGUCAUCUUACCAUAAAUCAGAAUAUGAAAGUGAAUCAAAUCAUACUGGUGCUACUACUUCUCAUCUUAAUACUACUAUUUCUUCUUCUACUACCACUAAUACUACUGAUAAUAAUGCAAAUAAAGUUACUAACUAUGGUAACAAUAAUGAGAUUUUAUUUAAAAAUAAUUCUACUACCCAUGCAAAUGACUUUAGAUUCGGACAGAUAUUUACAACAUCGAUAGAACAUGAUUACAAAGUUGUGGAAGUUGUUCAAAAAUUUAUCCCUAAAUUAAAAUGCAGUCUCUUUGAAUUAUGCUCAUUUUUAAAAUCCGAAAAUCUCGAACUGACGAAUAGCAGUACUACCUCAAUACUAUCAUCCUCUUCCUCUACGUCAUUAUCACGAAACGAAAUAAUCAGUGAACGCAUCAAUAAGGAUCCUGUGUUAAUGUUUAGAGAAUCGUCUGUAGGAAAUUUUUCAAAUCCCAUCUUGCCAUUGUCACCAUCAUCACUUGUACAUGAAUCACAGCUGCAUAAUAAUGAUAUUGAUUCUCAGGUAAAAUCAGUUAGUCAUUUUGACUCGGCUGAAUCCAGUGUGCCAAUCUUUAAAAAUAAUAAAGCAAAUUGUUUUCCAACACUUGGUACUUCUUCUCCUUCAACUGCUCAAAUAAAUGAAAAUAGUACUACAAUUAUUAAUCCCUAUUUAGACGAUUUAUUGUCUUCCUUAUGUUCAUUAUUAGAAACGUGUUUAUUUUAUUUGGUGGAUUGGAUGGCUCAAAUUGAAUCGUUUAAAGUAUUACCGGUUGAAGAUAAAAUGCAAUUGUUGAAUAGUAGUUGGAGUGAAAUUAUCCUACUAGAGUUUAUUCAUUUUUAUGUAACACAGUUAAAUAAUGCUAAACGAACAAAUACAGUAAGUAAUCUUGUUCUGUAUUAUUUCUCUCUACUUUCUCUUUAAAUUUAUUUAUCUUUUUUGUAAUCAUGUUAUCAAAAGACAGAUUAAUUUGUGCGG